CCAAUAAUUGCGUCAGGACGCAUAGUUUGAACUGCGGAAGCGCGCUGCUGUUUGCACCAAGUUAUACGGACAUUGUUGGCAAGCUUUAGCUACCUGAACUCACCAGAGCCAGAGCUUGAAGGCGUCGCCUUUAAGGCAUCACGCUAAAAGACGGCUGAGUGUUGACCCCGCUGCUUCUGCUGUGUUUCCAGCUGGAAUGUAAAGAGGAUGAAGCCGCAGGAGCAGGUAGAGUGGGAUGACGUGAAUAAACUGCUGCAGCAUCACGGCUUUAAGCCUGUGUUCUUUGCAGACCCUGUGGAGAAUAGGAACCUCACAGAUUUGGUCCUGUUGGACAAGAAGUCAGCGAAUGAGUUGAGGAUGACUCUGAGGAUGAUGCUGAUGGACUCUGAGAGGAGACAGACGCUCAUCCAGGAGCUCGUCAAGUCUAACAACCAGCUCAAAGAGGAGGUACAGAAGCACAUGAGUCAUGCAGCUCAGCAGUCCCAAAGAGCCACUGAGCUGCAGGGUCUGCUGGAUGAGGUGAAGAGCAGAGUUCAGCAGCUGGAGGAACGCUGCCUGGGGAAGGCGGUCCAGCAGCACAGCCACACCCAGCAGCUGCAGAAGGAAAACAAAGAGGCUAAGAGGAGGUAUCUGUUGCUGGAAAAGAAGGUGGCCAAUCUGGAGGAAGAAACAGCCCAGCUCAGGAAGAAACUGUAUUUGACUGUCAAAGAAGAGGAACAGCGACUGGCUCGACAGAGUCGAUUACAAGAGUCCAAACAUUUGGAUCAAGCUACUAAGAGGACCUCCGCCUCUGUCUCCCCGUCUUUCAAAACCAUGCUCAAGACAUAUCAGGAUCAGCAGAAUGAAAGCAGCUCUCGCAUACAAGAGUUGGAGGAAGAGGUGGAACGGCUCAAGACAGAACUGGACACAAGAUGUAGAAGUGACAUCACUGGGAACAGCAGGGACCAGACCAAAACCUCCAGGCAGUGGGUCCAGUAUCACCACCUGUUGACUGAGAUCAACACGCUCGUUAUCAAUCCCAGGCUGCACCAGUAUCAACACAGACCCAGAGAAUUGGAGGAAGCAGAAUUCCAGGCUGUCCUUCCCACUCUGGAGCUGUGGUCCCAGCAGCUCCACAUGCUCAGGGAUCUUCAUUGCCGACUGAAUAAACUUAGUGCCACAUUGAUGCCACUGCAGCCCUGUGCUGUUGAUGCAAAAGCACUUAAGGUGGAGGACAUGAUGCUGCUGGUGGAGGCGCUGCUGGAGAAUGCCUCUUCUGACGAUAAGCAGAAGCUCAGGAGUCCCACUCGAUACACCUUGGCUUCCAUGGUGGCUCACUUCCAGAAACUGUUUGACGUUCCCUCCCUCAGCGGAGUUUACCCUCGAAUGAACGAGGUCUACACCCGACUGGGCGAGUUGACCAACACUAUGAGGAACCUCCAAAAUGUUCUGGACCUAGACAGCAAAGCUUCUCCUACUGAAGUUGUGAACCAGGUCUCCAGGCUGGUCUUGGUGGAUCCAGGACUGGGACAGGCUGACAUUGACAGCAUCAUUAUCAAAGUGAAGCAACAUGAUGAGUUUUUUCCUGCUUUCCACAACCUUGUGACAGAAAUCUUAAAGAUUCUUGGUGUGAAUCACCUGGACGACAUACUUCCUGCUCUGCAGUCUCUGAAACAGAUGGCUCAGUGAUCCGCCUUUCUCCACUGGACAUCUGCUACUUACUUAUUAUGUUGUCAUCACAACUGCAACCAUUGAGUUUCAGACAUUGAUGGCUGUGGAACCACCCACUGAGGCCAGUAGUAUGUUUCUCAUCAUCAGAUGGCAGCACACAAUGACUAUGUGCCUAAAAUAAAGCAGAAAUCCAACUGAAAA